AUGGAUCCACCAGUCGAGUUCAACAUCGGAACACCCAAUCACUUACCACAACAACAAUCUCCUGGACAAACGGCAAUCGAUUUCAGUCAAGUCACCGGCAUCGAUACUUUAGGUUUCUAUGACUCUAGCGCUUACAUGGUCGCAAGUCACUCAGAGGAACAGAACCAACACUAUGAUUACUCUGGAAAUCUCUCGACGACUCCGUCAACCUCAAAAAGCUACACAAAAGUUGGAGCAGGGCCAGCCUCAAAAUUUUUGGAUAGUCGUGGUUUCGGGUGGUUACUCGAGGUGGACGAAGAGGACGAGAACCAAAAGCCACUUUUAGAAGAGCUCGACGUUGAUCUCACCGAUAUCUACUACAAAAUUCGCUGUGUCCUGCUGCCAUUACCGUAUUUUCGAUUAAAACUGAGCAUCGUUCGCGAAUCUCCCGAUUUUUGGGGCCCGCUCCUUGUCGUCAUCGCCUACUCAGUUCUCUCUAUUUAUGGGCAAUUGAGUGUAGUUUCAUGGAUUCUAACGAUAUGGUUUUGCGGUGCGUUUCUCGUCUUUUUCUUGGCGAGAGCUCUCGGUGGAGAAGUUGGCUACAGUCAGGUCCUCGGAAUCAUUGGCUACUGUUUGAUUCCACUCGUCGUCACCGGAUUAUUGAUGUCUUUAUUUAAAAGUUUUCGAUUCGUUUCUUUCCUUUUCGGCACAUUUGGCAUUGGUUGGUCUGUCUACAGUGCUGGUGCUCUGCUUUGUAUCGAAGAGUUGACAGAGAAACGAACUCUUCUUUUAUAUCCCGUCUUUCUUCUCUACAUCUAUUUCUUUUCUUUAUAUCAUGGUGUU